AUGCACAAUGGUUAUACGUAUAUUAUUAGCAAAAGAUAUGGACAAAAAACAAUAUGGAUAUGUCGUCGUAAUCGUCAUAGUCAAUGUCGUGGACGUUUACAUACAAUCAAUAAUACAGUUGUCAAUGAAAUUGGAGAACAUAAUCAUGAGCCAAGUUCGGUUGAUAGCGGAGUACUACAAGCAACAGCAGCAAUGCGACAUGCCGCGUCAACCACUGAUAAAACAACACAUAACAUCGUAGCAAGCGGUGUAGCUCAGUCAUCAACACAAGCUAUCAGUUCACUACUAGAUUUACGUAAUUUAAAGCGUACAGUUCGUCGUACCCGUCAACGUCAACAAAAUCCAUUGGCUAUUCCGACAACUCGUGACACAAUAAUAAUCGAUCCCGAACAUACAAAAACAAUGCGCCAACAUACAUUUCUUCAAUUUGAUUCUAGUCCAAUCAAUAAACGUCUACUUAUAUUUUCAACCAAAAAACAAUUACGAAUUUUAGAAAGCUCUGAAUCAGAAUAUGUCGAUGGGACAUUUAGUGUAGUACCAGAAAUUUAUUUUCAAUUAUAUACGAUCAAUGCGACGUAUUUAGAACAUAUUGUUCCUGUUGUAUAUAUUUUGUUACAAGGAAAAACACAACGUCUUUAUAAACAAAUGAUAGAUGAAAUUGUCCAAUUAAGCCCAAAAUUUUCACCACAAAAUAUAAUGAUGGAUUAUGAACGGGCUGCUAUUAAUGUCUUCAGCAAAAAAUUUCCAACUGCACAUAUAUCUGGAUGUUUCUUUCAAAAUAUUUAUCGUCGUGUCCAACAUGCAGGUCUUACAAAGUUAUAUGCGGAUGAUCCAGAUUUUUCACAAAAUAUUCGAUCGAUAGCUCCAUUAUCAUUUUUACCAACCACUGAUAUUAUUUCAACAUUCCAACAAUUGAAACAACAAUUUCCAGCACAAGGGCAACCAGUUAUUAAUUAUUUCGAAGAAACAUAUGUCGGUAUAGAAAGUCGUUUAUUUCGUCUACGUAAACAACCAAAAUUUGAAUUAGAUUUAUGGAAUACACAUGAAAAUACAAUUCAGUAUCAGCAAUAG